UUCAUCGGCACACACGCACACACCCGCCCGCGAGCGCCCGCCAUUCCCGCGCUGUUUACAUUCUGUGCUCGGUGACUCCGCGGCGACCCGUCUCUGUGAUUUACUUCGUAUUUAUUUAAUUUAUACAAACCUAGUUCUAGUAAAAUGGCCAACAACAGGGCUGCCAAGUCUGGAUUUGCCGCCGAAGCGCAGAGAAAGAUCAACAGCAAAUACAGCGAGGAGCUCGCGCAGGAAUGCCUGGAGUGGAUCCGGCAGAUCUGCAACGAGCCCGAGAACACGUCCGGGGAUAUGGACAACUUCUACGAAGUGCUUAAAGAUGGGACCUUGCUGUGCAAACUUGUGAACAACAUUCAGCCGGGUUUGGUGAAGAAGGUGAACGAGUCAAAGAUGGCAUUCAAAUGCAUGGAGAACAUAAACGCGUUCCUGGAAGCCGCCAGACAACUUGGAGUACCGGCUCAGGAGACCUUCCAGACUGUCGACCUUUGGGAGCGACAAAAUCUCAACUCCGUUGUGAUCUGCUUACAGUCGCUCGGAAGGAAGGCCGGCCACUUCGGCAAGCCGUCGAUAGGGCCGAAAGAGGCCGAGAAGAACGUAAGGAACUUUUCAGAGGAGCAGCUGAGGGCUGGUCAGGGCGUUAUUUCGCUGCAGUACGGAUCCAACAAGGGUGCCAACCAGAGCGGCAUCAACUUUGGAAACACGCGGCACAUGUAAAGUCUGAAGCCUACGUUGUUGACUUUAUUCAGAACCUCAGAGUUAGCUAAGUUGCAAAGCGUUUCAAUUGUGAUUCCUUGACGUUGUAACUUCUUGACCGUGACGUAAGGUGUUCAUUUAAUUCGGAUGGAUUAUAGGUACGUUAUCGUUUCAUGAUCGAAAACAUUUGAAUCUUGACCAACCCCCAGACUUCAGUCCUCUGUUAGAGACUCUUCUUCUCGUCAUAAUUACUCCGCGACACCACGGAAUUUUCAUAAUGUUAUUUCCAUGCGUGCAGUCUGUUGCUUGCAUCACACUAAGCGAUAAACACUAACGUGUGAAAAAUCUGACAUUUAUUUUCAAUGUAACAUCAUCAGAGAACACAUACUGAAAGUCAAGAUUCUAUUUCUGUUUCAUCCCAUAAUCUGCAACUACUACGAAACGUGUUAUGGGUGAGAAUAAGCGGCGCUAGGGAAUCCUCAACAACUUGCAGAACUGUGCGAGGAGCUGAAUCCAAAUGAAAGGAACAUGACACUCCAAAACCCAAAUUAAAGGUCUGUUAGGUACCGAGGUUCUGCGCCAAGUCAACAGUACUGUUUCUGUUACAAUCGAUAUUAUUAGAGAUGAUUAGCACUAAUGUAACUUUACUGACGUAAAUAAUUCUUGUUGGGCAUUCAAAUGUCUACAAUACCUUAUUAGCUCGUUGCAUCAUCGUGAUUUUUGAAUACCACAUAGAGUGGUAGUUGUAAUGUAAAAGAUUAAAUCUGAAAAAUAAAAUGAUCUUAUAUUUACAAACAGUACUUAUAGAUUUGACUAUAUAGACUAGAAAGUGUAACUAUAAAUGAAGACUUAAAAGGACCAUUAAAAGAUUAUUGCACAAGAAACAAAAAUCUACCCUAUUACGAAUCUCUCUCGAUAUUAAAUCGAUUGCAACAUUUUUGACAAAACUUUAUAAUUAAGUCAACAAAUAGUUAUUUUGUUUAAGUCAACGUUUUGUUCGUACUUAUAGAGUAUCAUUCCGGAUUCAUUCCAAUUUUGGAAUUUAUUUUUUAUAUACUUUUAACGCUGAAGUUUCAAACUUUGUUUAAAUAUUUAUAGUUGUGAGUAAGUCAGCUAGCAUUUGAUUAAAAUGAAUAUAUACUUAUAGCAUUAUUUUUAAGAUAUUGUGGUGUAAAUGAAAAUACAAAAUCGACGAACAGUGCGAAGAUUUUUCUUAAAACUGGAAGAUUGGCUGGAAUUUUCAGUGUUUACUCUCUUCUUAAAUUAAGGGAUUCAGACCGUAUUAUUAUUGCUAGCCAGUUUUGCUAGGUAGUGGUAUACAAAUCAAUGCAUGUAUUUUCAUUUACGCCUUGCGUUUUAUUGGCUUAGCUUUUGACGGGGACUAGUGUUAAUAAAUACAUAAGUCAAUAGACUUAGUUAUUAAAACUAGUCAUUGAUCGCAUAACUUCUUGUAUUGUGCCAACUGUAAUCACACAAGUCUUCACUUUUAUUAUUAAAAUUGUUAAUAAAACAGUACAAUUAUUAGAUUUAUAAAUUCUCUUAUAUAAACAUUAUUAUUAUUACUUAUUAUUAAAAUGAAAAUUGUGCCUUCGAGCUCCGUAGGGGCCAUGAAACCACGUUUCAAAGGUGUAUAAAUUCCCUAUAAACUAAAAAUCAGGGUUUAAUGUUUUUCUCGAUUAUUUAUUGAAUUCUGUAUUAAACUAAUCAUUCCAUAUUAUUUUAGUACCUAUGUUAGUACACACUGUGAUUGAUGGUUUUAUAAAUACAAUAUCUAUAUUUUCUUAUAAUUACGUAUGUAUCUAUUUGAUGACGGGACGAAUGUAAGUUUCAUAGGAUACUGUGUCUCUAUGGAAGUACGUAGAAUAAAUGAUAAUCUAAAAUA